AUGGGCACAAAGCCACCGCAGUCUCUUUCGAGCCCUUUGAGCUUCCCCUCCUCUAACCAGCGUGUGCUUGGGCGUCCACACCCUCCUAACACAGUGAUCCCUCUCGCCCUGCGUCUCACAAACGAAGAUUCCCCACCAAAGUUAGACACUAUUGUGGAUACUAUCAAGACUCUUCAAGAGCGGGAGGGAAUUUUCACCAAAAAGCUCGCGCGCCACGGCACGUUACUAUUUCGAGGCCUCCCCAUUCACAAUGCCGAAGACUUUAGCAAGUUUGCCCUUGCCUUUGGGUACAAGCCACACGAGAUUAUUGGGAUAGUUGUUGACAGACCUUUACUGGCACCUAAUGUCGCACCGGCGAACGAAGCACCGAAAGAAGUACUCAUUUACAACCACAAUGAAUCCCCACAAGUUCCUCACGCACCGGAGUAUAUUUUUUUCUAUGGCCAUAAUGCUCCGAAGAGUGGAGGCGAAUCACCCGUUUCAUCUUCGCUUGAGCUAUUCAAUCGCGCCCAGCAAGAAAUCCCGGAUUUUAUCGCAGAGAUCACAGAGAAAGGCAUCCUCAGCAGGGUGACCUACAAAACCGAUAAGCAAUACGAGGGAGGCUCGACUCUUCGACAAGCUUUCGGUAAACAAAUUGUGGAAGGAGACGACGAGGAGACCAAAAAGCGAAAAAUAGAAGCGCAGAUUGAACGAUAUGGACGGGGAAAAUAUACGACCUGGGAGUGGACAGAUGAUGGGUUGGUGCUCACACAUCGCUUACCUGUGAUCCGUACCCAACCUGGAACCAAUCUGCCCUCUUUAUUCACAGGACUGGCAUCCUAUUGGAAGAGGGCGCAGGUUGAUCUUGACGCGCGACGAAACGUUACACAGCAACUGUACGGUGAUGGGUCGGUAAUCCCAGAGAAGUAUGUUGCGCAUCUGGCCAAGAUCACAGACGAGAUUCGUGUGUUGCAUCGUUGGCAGGAGGGUGAUGUGCUGGUCUACGAUAAUAUUAUUGCUCAACAUGGUAGGGAGCCGUGGCAAGGAGACCAGAGUGAUCGGGUUGUUAUGGCUAGCUUGUUCGAUGGCGAGAAUGUUCCUGGCCCAUAUGGGUUUGGUGACUGGGCACGGGUUGUGCAGGCUUCAGUGUGA